AUGACAGUCAUCUGGGGCCUGGAUCUCAAGGAGAUCCAAUGGAACAAAUUCAAGAGUUCCAACAUGUUCACCCGCAUCUACCACCUCCGUCGCACCAAGAUGAUAGUCUACCAGCUGGCCAUGAUUCUGUGUGUGUGCUCCGAGUCUACCGGCACGGCCGCCUUAUCAGACUACGUCGAUCAACAAAGCUACAUAGAGCGCCACCACCCAGGAGUAUCAGUCUACAAUAACGACUUUAUCGGGGCCGCCUCCUACAACAUCUUCGUCGGCGUCGCUGUUGCCACUAUCUUCGGCGCCGCCUUCUUCUUCGACCUGUUCUGGCCGGAGCGCCACGAGAGCAAGGCCGUCCGUUUGGCGUGGAAGAUCAGCGGUGUGGUGGUGUCCAUCAUGAUGCUUAGCUCGGCGUUGACGAUGACGAUAAUCACCGCAACGAGAAGCGUCCAGGUCCAUGGCACGGAUGCCGCCGGCGCGAGACAGUUUUGGUCUGAGUCGAAGAAGAAGCCUGCUUUCGUGUACCGCACGAACCCCAAAGCCCUCGCCUCCGUGGUCCUCGCAUGGCCCGGCUGGGUAUUUACCGUCGUCAGUGCAAUCAUCCUAAUCGCCUCGCACAACCACGACGACGUCCACGGCCCCAAGUCCAACUACGGACGCCAGAUGGAAGGAGAAGAGAAAAUCCCCGAGCCCGAGCCCACCAGUGGCCUACACAACCGGACUCUUCGGGAGUGA